CCGGAGCCUCCCCAGAGCCCCCGCGCCGGGGCAGCGGAGCCUGAGACUGAGAAGCAGCCGCGCGUGGAGGAGGCCUCUGUGAUGCCGCCCAGCCGCGCGUGGCUUCUGUUCUUGGUCCUGGUGCGGCUCUGUGAGAAGACGCGAGCCCUGCACACACCUGGCUCCCGCCGGGGCGCAGUGCUGGGCCUUGCUGCCUUUCUGGGAAUUUUGCACUGGAUACAUUUAACAACACUUUUUGAGAAUGACCGUCAUUUUUCUCACCUCUCAACUUUGGAACGGGAGAUGUCUUUUCGUGAUGAAAUGGGACUUUAUUAUUCUUACUUCAAGACCCUUAUUGAAGCACCUUCAUUUCUGGAAGGUCUGUGGAUGAUUAUGAACGACAGGCUCACCGAAUAUCCCCUUGUGAUUAAUACAGUGAAGCGGUUCCAUCUUUAUCCAGAGGUGGUCCUGGCUUACUGGUAUCGCAUAUUCACAGGAAUAACGACUUUAUUUGGUAUAGAAACUAAGGCCUGCUGGAAUAUCACCAGAGUGGGAUUUCCUAGUCAAGUCGAGAGCUGUGAAGGAUUGGGAGACCCUACUUGCUUUUAUGUGGGUGUGAUUUUUUUCUUAAAUGGGCUCAUGAUGACACUGCUCUACGUCUACGCUGCAUACCUGAGUGGGAGUCAAUUAGGAGGUCUAAUUACAGUACUGUGCUACUUUUUCAACCAUGGAGAGGUUUGUUUUCUGGAAAAUAAUUUUAAGAUCUUGAAAGCUCGGUUGGAGGUGCUUGCUGCCCUCACCGUCCGGAUUCCAGCAGUGAAUUUUCACAGGACCUCCACCAAUUACAGAAGACAUUACGUCGCCCUCUGUCUCGCCAAUGUUGCCUUCAUGCUUCCCUGGGAAUUUGCUCAGUUUAUACUUUUCACACAGGUAGCCUCAUUAUUUUCCAUGUAUGUUGUGGGGUAUGUUGAACCAAGCAAAUUUCAGAAGAUCAUUUAUAUGAAUAUGGUUUCAGUUAUCCUCUGUUUCAUUUUGAUGUUUGGAAAUCCAAUAUACUUAUCCUCUUACUAUUUUUCAUCUUUGUUAAUGACAUGGGUGAUAAUUCUAAAGAGAAAUAAAAUUCAUAGAAUGGGAGUAUCUGAACUCAACUUCUGGCUAAUUCAAAGUUGUGGUUGGUGGCUUGGAACAAUCAUUAUGAAACUUCUGACUUCCGAAAUCUUAGGCGUUUCAGACCACAUUAGCAUGACUGACCUCUUAGCAGCCAGAAUCCUACGGUACACCAAUUUUGAUACCUUAAUGUACUCCUGUGCUCCUGAAUCUUAUUUCAUGGAACGAGUGACUCCCCUGAGGUACAUAAAGACGUUAUUGCUUCCAGUUGUUAUGGUGAUCACUUAUUUUAUCUUUAAAAAGACUCUUCGUGAUGUUCUAUGUGCCUUAUCUACAAACACUUACCUAAGAAAACAGCUCCUUGAACACGGUGAGCUGGUUUUUCACACAUUGCAGUUGUUGGCAUUUGCAGCCCUUGCCAUCUUGAUUCUGAGGCUGAAGCUGUUUCUGACACCGCACAUGUGUGUUAUGGCUUCCCUGAUCUGCUCCCGACGGCUCUUUGGCUGGCUUUUUCGUAGAUUUCGUUUUGAGAGUGUUAUCUUUGGCCUUCUAACAGUGAUGUCAAUACAAGGUUGUGCAAACCUACAUAAUCAGUGGAGCAUAAAAGGAGAGUUCACUAAUUUGCCUCAGGAAGAACUUCUCCAAUGGAUCAAAUACAAUACCAGACAAGAUGCUGUUUUUGCAGGCACCAUGCAGACGAUGGCGAGCAUCAAGCUGUCCACGCGGCACCCCAUUGUGAACCACCCGCACUACGAGGACGCAGACUUGAGGGCCCGAACAAAAAUAGUCUAUUCAGUGUAUAGUCGAAAAUCUGCAAAAGAAGUAAGAAAUCAAUUGCUGGCAUUGCAUGUGAACUAUUAUGUUUUAGAAGAAGCAUGGUGUAUUUGGAGAACCAGGCCAGGUUGCAGUAUGCUGGAAAUCUGGGACCUGGAAGACCCUUCUAACUCAGCCAACCCCUCCCUCUGCAGCACCCUGCUCAGGGAUGCCAGCCCUUACUUCACCACUGUUUUUCGGAACGCUUUAUAUAGAGUACUGAAGGUUAACUGAGAAAGAGACUGCAUCAGCCUCUUGUGAUGGAAUGGCGACAUCAAAGACACACACUUAACAUUCACCAAAAUCACAAGCUUAGAGUGGCUUACAAUAAGAGAUGAACAAUGGCUUAAAGGUUUUCUGACUACUAAAAGCAAAUUGUUUUCCGUUGAAUGUCAGCCUUGUUAAACUUGUCACAUAUGUAAUUUUACUUAUCUUCAGGUAAGAUUUUUUGUGAUUUCUAAUUUUAAAAAUCUUUUCUAGUCAAAAGUGUUUUUUGAAGAUCCCUAGAAGUGUGCUAACCCAAACAGUUAAGUAUUUCCUCCUGAUUAGUUCCCCACCUAAGUUCAACAGGUCUUUAGAACCCAGUGCUUUUACUGUUAAUAUCCAGGUAAAAUGAAAAUUGUUAUGGUAUGCAACCAAAUUCGUGGUUAAACAUAAUCAGAAAGGCCCAUCGAAUUAGAUUUAUCAGAUGAGAUUAUCAGAUGCUAAAUCCUGAGUGAAGCAAAGGCCUUUCCAUGUCAGUGGCCCUAUGACAUUUUAGUCAUAAGCUUUGCUUCCAGCCAACAUCUUCUGUCAUCCACAGAUAUAAGUCUUCAUUUCUGUUUGGUUUUCUGUGACGAAGGUCAUGAUUUAUAAACCUUUCCCCCCAAUAAAAAACCUUCCCAACA